CGGCGUCCUGUAUCGCGAAAACAUGGCGUUUAUUAAUGUGGACAGUUUAUGCAAUAGGGAACAUUAAAUCAAUAUUCUGAACGAUUAUACGAUAUUUUAGGAGAAUCAAUAUGGUCGCAGUCUUAAGUGAAUCACAGUUGAAGAGACUAGCUAAGCACAAGUAUAAUGCAAGCGUUACAACAUUGUUCGAUCCUUUCAUGCAAGUUUGGUGGCGAUGGUUUGUAGAGAGAUUGCCACUGUGGAUAGCGCCGAACACUAUAACAAUCUUGGGAUUAAUUACUAACUUGGUUACAACUUUGAUUUUAGUCUAUUUCUCGCCUCAAGCUCGAUCGGAGGUUCCAUCAUGGAGUCUUCAUUUUAAUGCACUUGGGUUAUUUGUUUAUCAAACUUUGGAUGCAGUGGAUGGUAAACAGGCGCGUAGGACUGGGAGCAGUUCACCGCUCGGGGAGUUAUUUGAUCAUGGUUGUGAUGCGAUAUCUAUGGUAGUUGUUAUCACUGGCGCAUCUGUAGCUAUGAAACUAGGUGAUCUACCCGACUUGAUGAUGUUUAUGUGCAUAGCUGCUGGUGCUAUGUUCUACCUUACACAUUGGCGAGCAUAUGUUAGUGGAGUAGUUCGCUUUGGAAAAAUUGAUGUGACUGAACUGCAAUUAUUAGGUGUAUUCAUAUUCUUUCUCACUGGGUUUUGUGGACAAGAUAUAUUCAGGGUUGAGACGCCCAUAUUUCAGCUGCAGGUUCGGGAAGUUUUCUUGUAUGGAGCAUCGAUACCUGCGCUGCUAUCAACGAUAUUAGGAAUUUAUGAAAUCUUUCAAGGUGGUGUAGGAAAAAACGGAUCUUCUAUCGCGGAUACGAGCGUCCUUUCUCCUGUAGUACCAUUGCUGAUAACACUCUACCUCAUCUACUACAAUUAUGCAUAUUCUAACACGAACGUGUUUGCAAAAGGCCCGUGUUUAUUCGUUUUUGCGUUUGGUAUUGUUUUGGCUAAAGUUUCAAUUCUAUUAUUGGUUGCGUGUAUGUCGAAAAGUAGUGUACCAAUGGUCGACACUGUAUUGUUAUGCCCUUUUGUUCAAGCCGUUAAUAUUCAUUUUAGCUCACCAAUAAGCGAAUAUCGCUUGGUAUGGUUUUGUCUGAUAUUUUCAACUUUGAAUGCACUUCAGUACUGCUUCACUGUAAUCACUGAAAUAUGUAACUAUCUUAAUAUCAGCUGCUUUAGAAUAACAUCAAAACCACUCAAUGAGGAGUCGUCUACAAAGGAGGGAAAGGCGAGCUAACUAUGGACAUGACCAUAUUCUGUAUGAUAAAUUAUGUAGGGAAUCUUCAUAUUUGUUUUUGUUGUGUUUUGAUUGGCGGGUUUUAAUUCAAAUGUUCAUAAUAAAUUAACAAU